AUGCUCCAAGUAGCGUUCUGUGCAUCUAUUUUUUCUAUAGUUUUAUCUUCACAAGUGUUUGAAGAUGAUUUAAAUUUGAAUGAUAUUUUGCGAUCGGAUUUAAUGCCGACGUAUUUUAUGGUUGAUGUAAAAAGUAAAAAAAAUGUAAGCGAAAUUGUAAUGGAAAGUAGAAUGCCAUCAGUAAAUGGUUCAAUUGAUGCAGCACUCUCUACAUUGGAUUUUCACAGGAAAAUGAUGAACGAAUACCAAUGUCGUAACUAUAUCGCUGAGCAAAUACUAGAUGAAAUGGGUAAAAAUGUAUUACAGGAUCGUUUUGGUAAACCGUUUGAAAAUAAUAAUAUAUUCAGUAAAAAGGUAUUGACACGGCGCUCGCAUGAUUUAAGAGACAACGUUUUACAUGAUUCUGGUUCCUCAAAUUACCAAGAAUGGUUGGCUAAAGUGAUGGCUCUCAAUGACGUAUACCGACGCUAUAAUUUAUCUGUAUAUAAUCCUAACUUUAACAACACUGAUCAAAAUGAUGCUUUAUAUCGUCCGCAACCUCGAGAAGGUUAUGAGGUCGCUGAGCCCACAGAAACGACCCUCGGAGACACUGAUGGGAUCAUGUACGACGUUUCUAAACACAGUGGAGGCUAUGAGUAUUCAAUGCCUCCUCCACCGCCACCAAUGUAUCACCACCCGUCGUCAUCAAUACACGAAAUACACGAGGAAUACGCCGUAGAAAAGGAAUCUCACGGACUGGGCUUAGCAGACCUUUUUGACAUAUCCCUCACAGGCAUUGCUUUUUUAUCAUUUGGCAUGUUCGUGCUACAAGUGCUGAUGUGCAUCACAAUGAAUCACCCGCAACCACAACUCAUGCAGGUAGUCGACAACACAGACACAGUUAACGUCGAUGAUGUUUUUCGUAUUAAAAGAGAAUCAGAGCCGCCUAAUCGAUCUAUAUCAGCUCUCAAUAAUUUAGCCAGAUACGCCAUGAUGGCGAUUAAACCUCAGACACCUUUAUGCAUGUACCGUACACUGUGUAUGGGUAACAAACAUGCGAGGAAUAUGCGAGAUAGGAACAGAUAUUGGUUGCCGGUAUGGCACGCCGGAGUAGCUUGGACACGCGGCGGCGCUCUCGGUGCCCUGCGAGCCUCUAUUCUCGGUCUUGGUGGAGCUGACUGCGAAGAAUUUUAUCCGAAGCGAAACUGUACUUAA